AUGAAAAGGUCGAUCGCCCAAGAAAAAAGCCCUGAUUUAUCUAAUUAUUUUGGUAUUGAAUCACAGGACAUUAGAUUAGACGAUUUAGAUGAUAUCGGCACAAAAAAAGUUGAAGAAAGCAUUAUUCCAUUAUCUUCUCGUGAGACCUUAUUUUGGGAGACCUUAUUGUGGAAUGCAAUUAGAUUUCCGCAUUGGAUUUCCCCACGGAUGGUUGACAAAAGUCAAGUUUUUUCCUAUUUGGAACAUCGUAAUUUGGAUGCUUUUAAAAGAGUGAUGGAAAGGCACUCUGCAGAAGUUAUUUGUAUGCGGAACGAUCGUCAUCAAACUCUUUUACAUGUAGCUGUUAUAUCCUCACUAGAUUAUGUAUUGACACGUUGGUUGUUAAUGCUCGGUGCGGAUCCUUGUGCACAGGAUAAAGACGGUUAUACGCCCGCUCAUUAUGCGGUAGAAAGAGAUGAUAUCGAAAACUUAAGAGUAUUAACAACCAUUCACUCAAGUGUUGAACACGAAUCCAGACAAAUUGGAGUUGUUCCAUAUCAUGUUAAAAUGCGUGAACGUUACUUGACUUCAUUAUUGAUUCCUGAAAAAAUCAGUGGUAACUACUCUAAAUUAUUAACCAUAGCACAACAGGUCACUAUUUCUAAGGGGAGGGAUACUUCCUUGUAG